AAACAAGCGGCUGAGGCGGCGGCGGCGGCGGCGACGGGACGGGGGAGGGGCGCGCCGGAACCGGAACCGACCAGACGCCGGAACCGGAACCGAGAGCGGGUUGCCAGGGCCCUAAGAGGGCUGGCGGCGGCGGCCUCGCUCGGCUGUCGGUUCCUUGUUGGAGAAUUUGGCCACAAAGAGCUGCCAAGAUAGCCGGGCCAGGAAGAAAGCGCCGUAGCCCUGACCCAGACGCCGUUGCCGACCCCGGGGCACUCUGGCUGUCGACCAAGCGGCUCAAGAUGUCUGGCGGGGCCAGUGCCACGGGCCCAAGGAGAGGUCCCCCAGGAUUGGAGGAGGCUACCAGUAAGAAGAAGCAGAAGGAUCGAGCAAACCAGGAGAGCAAGGAUGGAGAUCCUAGGAGAGGGUCAGCGUGCUCUCGGGAGGAGCAGGCCAAAGAGGAGUUGUUGCUUGACUGGAGGCAGAGUGCCGAUGAGGUAAUUGUCAAGCUGCGUGUGGGAGCGGGUCCCCUGCGGCUGGAGGAAGUGGAUGCUGCUUUCACAGACACAGACGGCGUGGUGCGGCUUCCAGAUGGUCGGCAGUGGGGUGGUGUCUUCUAUGCUGAGAUAGAAAGUUCUUGCACCAAAGUACAAGCCCGUAAAGGUGGCCUCCUGCAGCUGGCACUGCCCAAGAAGGUGCCUCUGCUCACAUGGCCCUCUCUUCUGAAGAAACCUCUAGGGACCCAGGAGGCAGUACCAGGGCUGCGGUGCCAGGAGAAUGGGCAGGAGCCAUCUCCCAUUGCCCUGGAGCCAGGUCCUGAGCCCCGUCGGGCUAAACAGGAAGCCCGGAACCAGAAGCGGGCCCAGGGCCGUGGUGAGGUAGGCGCAGGGGCUGGCCCCGGGGCCCAGGCAGGGCCCAGCGCCAAGAGGGCUGUGCAUCUCCGAAGAGGGCCAGAGGGGGAAGGGUCCAGAGAUGGGCCUGGACCCCGGGGUGAUGCCCCCCCCUUCUUGGCUGAGACAGCCACCCAGGCUGAAGCUGAGGAACAGCUCCGGGUACCACCACUGAACCCCCAGACCUGCCUCUUGGGCUCAGAGGAGAAUCUAGCGCUCUUGGCAGGAGAGAAGACUGUGUCCCCCAGGAAUGAUCCAGUCUCCCCAGCCAUGACCCGGAGCAGAGACCCUGAGAAAGGUGACCGUUCCAAAGAGGAGAUGGCAGUGGCAGCAGAUGCUAUAACCUUGGUGGAUGGUAAAGAGCCGGAGUCCAUGGUGAACCUGGCAUUCGUCAAGAAUGACUCCUAUGAGAAGGGGCCAGAUUCAGUGGUGGUGCACGUGUAUGUGAAAGAAAUCCGCAGGGACACCUCUCGAGUACUCUUCCGCGAGCAGGACUUCACACUUAUCUUCCAGACCAGGGAUGGAAACUUCCUGAGACUGCACCUGGGCUGUGGGGCCCAUACCAUCUUCCGUUGGCAGGUGAAGCUCAGGAACCUGAUUGAGCCAGAGCAGUGCACCUUCUGCUUCACGGCCUCUCGCAUUGACAUCUGUCUCCGUAAGCGGCAAAGUCAGCGCUGGGGGGGCCUGGAGGCCCCAGCUGCACGAGGUGCAGUGGGUGGUGCAAAGGUUGCCGUGCCGACAGGUCCAACCCCUCUGGAUUCAACCCCACCAGGAGGUGCCCCCCAUCCCCUCACAGGCCAGGAGGAAGCUCGGGCUGUGGAGAAGGAAAAACCCAAGGCUCGAUCUGAGGACACGGGGCUGGAUGGUGUAGCGGCCCGCACCCCCAUGGAGCAUGUAGCCCCCAAGCCAGAGCCACACCUGGCCUCCCCCAAGCCCACAUGUAUGGUUCCUCCAAUGCCCCAUAGCCCCGUGAGCGGAGAUAGUGUGGAAGAAGAAGAGGAGGAAGAGAAGAAGGUGUGUCUGCCAGGCUUCACUGGCCUUGUCAAUCUAGGCAACACCUGCUUCAUGAACAGUGUCAUUCAGUCUCUGUCUAACACUCGGGAGCUCCGGGACUUCUUCCAUGACCGCUCCUUUGAGGCCGAGAUCAACUACAACAACCCACUGGGGACCGGUGGGCGUCUGGCGAUUGGCUUUGCUGUGCUGCUCCGGGCGCUGUGGAAGGGCACCCACCAUGCCUUCCAGCCUUCCAAGUUGAAGGCCAUUGUGGCGAGCAAGGCCAGCCAGUUCACAGGCUAUGCGCAGCAUGACGCCCAGGAGUUCAUGGCCUUCUUGCUGGACGGGCUGCACGAAGACCUGAAUCGCAUUCAGAACAAGCCCUACACAGAGACCGUGGACUCGGAUGGGCGGCCCGAUGAGGUGGUAGCUGAAGAAGCAUGGCAGCGGCAUAAGAUGAGGAAUGACUCUUUCAUCGUAGACCUAUUUCAGGGCCAGUAUAAGUCGAAGCUGGUGUGCCCUGUGUGUGCCAAGGUCUCCAUCACUUUUGACCCAUUCCUCUACCUGCCGGUGCCCUUGCCACAGAAGCAGAAGGUUCUCCCUGUCUUCUAUUUUGCCCGGGAGCCCCACAGCAAGCCCAUCAAGUUUCUGGUGAGCAUCAGCAAGGAGAAUUCCAGCGCAAGUGAAGUGUUGGACUCGCUCUCUCAGAGUGUGUACGUGAAGCCGGAGAACCUGCGUCUGGCUGAGGUGAUCAAGAAUCGUUUCCACCGUGUGUUCCUGCCCUCCCACUCAUUGGACACUGUGUCCCCAUCCGACAUGCUCCUCUGCUUCGAGCUGCUAUCCCCAGAGUUGGCUAAGGAGCGAGUGGUGGUGCUAGAGGUGCAGCAGCGCCCCCAGGUGCCCAGCGUCCCCAUCUCCAAGUGUGCAGCCUGCCAGCGGAAGCAGCAGUCAGAGGAUGAGAAGCUGAAGCGCUGUACCCGGUGCUAUCGCGUCGGCUACUGCAACCAGCUCUGCCAGAAAACCCACUGGCCUGACCACAAGGGUCUCUGCCGCCCUGAGAACAUUGGCUACCCAUUUCUGGUCAGUGUACCUGCCUCACGUCUCACUUACGCUCGUCUUGCUCAGCUGCUAGAGGGGUACGCCCGGUACUCUGUGAGUGUAUUCCAGCCACCCUUCCAGCCUGGCCGCAUGGCCUUGGAGUCCCAGGGCCCCGGCUGCACUACGUUGCUCUCCACUAGCUCCCUGGAGGCUGGGGACAGUGAGAGGGACCCGAUUCAGCCGCCUGAGCUCCAGUUGGUGACCCCCGUGGCCGAGGGAGACACAGGGGUCCCACGGGCAUGGGCAGCCCCUGACCGGGGCCCUGUGCCCAGCACCAGUGGAGUUUCUUCUGAGGUGCUGGCCAGUGGGCCAGUUGAAGUUGGCUCCUUGCCUGCUGGUGAGAGGGUGUCUCGGCCCGAAGCUGCUGUGCCCGGAUAUCAACACCCAAGUGAAGCCACAAAUGCCCACACACCCCAGUUCUUCAUCUAUAAAAUUGACGCAUCUAACAGAGAGCAGCGGUUGGAGGACAAAGGAGACACCCCCCUGGAGCUGGGUGAGGACUGCAGCCUGGCUCUCGUCUGGCGCAACAAUGAGCGCCUGCAGGAGUUUGUGUUGGUAGCCUCCAAGGAGCUGGAGUGUGCGGAGGACCCAGGCUCUGCCGGGGAGGCUGCCCGUGCUGGCCACUUCACUCUGGACCAGUGCCUGAACCUCUUCACCCGGCCUGAGGUGCUGGCACCCGAGGAGGCUUGGUACUGCCCGCAGUGUAAACAACACCGAGAGGCCUCCAAGCAGCUGCUGCUGUGGCGCCUUCCUAAUGUACUCAUUGUGCAGCUCAAGCGCUUUUCCUUCCGGAGUUUCAUCUGGCGUGACAAGAUCAAUGACUUGGUGGAGUUCCCUGUUAGGAACUUGGACCUGAGCAAGUUCUGCAUCGGUCAGAAAGAGGAACAGCUGCCUAGCUACGACCUGUACGCCGUCAUCAACCACUACGGAGGCAUGAUCGGCGGCCACUACACCGCCUGUGCACGCCUGCCCAAUGACCGCAGCAGCCAGCGCAGCGACGUGGGCUGGCGCUUGUUUGACGACAGCACGGUGACAACAGUAGACGAGAGCCAGGUCGUGACGCGUUAUGCCUAUGUACUCUUCUACCGCCGGCGGAACUCUCCUGUGGAGAGGCCCCCCAGGGCAGGUCACUCUGAGCACCACCCAGACCUGAGCCCUGCAGCUGAGGCUGCUGCCAGCCAGGUGAGGCAUGGGAGAGUGAGGCUUCGCAGGCUAGGGAGUUCAGUUCACAGAUGGGAGGGGGUGGGGCACAGCCUCCUCUCCUCUGGCCAUUGGUCCCUGGAGUCUUGGAACCAUGAUCCUCUUACUUCAGAGUCUGGAGGAAUCCCCAUGCUGAGUGACACAAGGGUGCAUGCACACCAGCGCGUUGCUGUUGGCGUGCAUGUAGGCACCCUCUUGGCACAGGCUGAGGAGCUGCUCUGAACCUCACUGGGUGAAGAGAUGCUACAGCCCAACUGUACCCUACACUCUCCCAGCUUCCCUCUGCACCUUCCUUACAUGCCAGCCAGCCCACAGACCCUCACUUGUCAUAACUCCUUUGUUCUGAUGUACACUCAGGACAGGCCUUAUCCAGGCUGGCCAUGGGCUAGGGUGGCCGCCACCCUCUCUGAGGUGAGCGUCUGUCCCUGCUGAGCCCUUGGGGUCUUCUACCCCUUACUGACAUGGGGUGCCAUAGGUCUGGUGGGUGGGUACAGCUGCAUCUCUUUUCUGGACUGGUUUCUUCUUACUCUUCUCUCCGCUGAGCCCUCUCUGCUCAGAUGCAGAGGAAUCCUGAUAGAAGACCGUGGUCACAGUCUAUCUGGACAUGGGUGGGAGGGACCCAGAUUACUUGGGUUGGCAGCUCUAACCUCCACGAGCUCCUCUGUGGGAGUCCCGUGCUAAAGAACUGAGCAGCUAGCCAUCUCCCCCACUCCCCUGGCCAACCCAAAUGGGAAGCUGCAUGUCAAUUGGGAAGCUUCUUGGGGAGCCCAAAUGCUGUCAAGAUUCGCCUGCCUCAGUGCUCUGUCUAGACAACCCUGCAAAUGGCCCACUUGGCUCCCGCUUGCCCACCUCCCUGCAGCUUGACUUGGGUUGUGUAAGGGGUUAGUGCCAGUCACUUUGGGCGGGAAUUCCGUGGCCAGGGUCUUGGGGACACCGGGUCCCUCCCCACCCCUGCCCCAGUGCUGAUGGCCGUUUCCGCACACUGUAGGCUUCCCGGAUUUGGCAGGAGCUGGAGGCCGAGGAGGAACCGGUACCCGAGGGGCCUGUGCCUCUGGGU